AUUCUCCGCAAUUAUCUCCUCACCAAAUGGUUACAUGAAAAAUCGUCAUUAGACUUUUUCGUCAGGAAUUUUCCUCUCUACAAAUAAGUUUCAUACAAUUUUCCUCUGCAACCGAGUAUUAUGGAGAUAAUCGCGAAAGAAUGCACUCGUUUUUCCUUCAAGUUGCUGGAUUGUCGGUAAAUCCCAGUAGGUGGCCACGAUUCUCUGUCAAAUCGUUGUAGUUCAUCACUCUGUGACACUUCCCGCCAUUUUUCAUUCCCAAUGGUUGAAAAGUGCGACACAUGCAAGUCGUUUGAACCUCACAUCCUCACUUCGCUAGCAAACGCCUCAGGUAUCAUCAGUUUGUCCCAACGCUCUCUCCAAUUAUUCUAAUUUUCGCCCAUUUUACACGGUAAUCACUGUUAAAAAAUGUCUGGACGAGGAAAAGGAGGAAAAGCCAAGACAAAGUCAAAGACAAAGAGUAGCAGGGCUGGCCUGCAAUUUCCUGUUGGAAGAAUUCAUCGUCUUCUGAGAAAGGGAAAUUAUGCAGAACGUGUCGGAGCUGGUGCCCCAGUUUAUCUUGCUGCUGUGAUGGAAUAUUUAGCUGCUGAAGUCCUGGAAUUGGCUGGAAAUGCUGCCAGGGACAACAAGAAGACGAGGAUAAUUCCUCGUCAUCUUCAACUCGCAAUUCGCAAUGACGAAGAGUUGAAUAAACUGCUGUCUGGAGUAACAAUCGCCCAAGGUGGAGUUCUCCCCAACAUCCAGGCUGUCCUCCUCCCCAAGAAAACUGGCACCACUGGCACUGGAAAGAAUGAAAAAGCUUCUCAAGAAUAUUAAUUAGUAGAUAGUCCAGAAUUCUUCCUACUCUCAUUCAUCAUGACUUCAUUUGACUUCCUUAAGUUUUUUGAAUACUCAAUAUUUUCAUCUAAGGAUAAAAAACAAAGUAUCGUUAAAUUGAUCUUGCAGAUGCCAAAUAAAUAAUUCUUACAACUAC